AUGUCCUCCUCGAAGUCUUCAAAGAUCAAUAUCGUCCUAGGAGUCGCAAAUGUUGGCGACGGUAACGCUGACCCCGUGGUCCGCUUCCACGAGCCAAGCGACGUCAUCGCUUUUCUCGAUGCCUUCACCAAACGAGGGUAUAACCAGCUUGACACAGCACGCAUCUAUUCACCUCAUGCGCCAGGAACAAGCGAGCCAAAGAUUGGAGACGUCCCUGAGAAGAAAUUCAUCAUUGACACAAAGGUCAACUCUUUCCACGACGGGGCUCACUCCAAGGAGAACAUUCUCAAAGACAUUAACGAUUCCUUGAGUGCCCUUAGAAUCCCGCAGGUCAAUAUCGAGUAUUUGCAUCAGCCUGACCGGGCGACUGAUCUCAAGGAAGCUUGCGAAGCCAUGGACCAGGCUCACAAAGAAGGAAAGAUCAAGUACUGGGGUAUCAGCAAACAUACCGCUCAAGAGGUCGAGACUAUCGUCAAGAUUUGUGACGAAAAUGACUUCAUCAAGCCCAGCGUAUAUCAAGGAGAGUAUAAUCCGAUUGUUAGAUCUGCCGAAAAGGAACUCUUUCCAAUUUUGCGACAACAUGGUAUCGCGUUCUAUGCCUAUAGUCCAGCUGGAGCUGGAUUCUUUGCUGGCAACCAUAAGAACGUCAGACCUGGCGGCCGCUUUGAUCAAUCUAUUUUUCUUGGAAGCCUGUACGCUGAACGCUAUCUCAAGCCCUCCAUCUCGGAAGCCACGGAGAAGGCGUUGGCUGCAGCUUCUAGCCACGGAAUUAGCGGCCACGCUGCGGCUCUUAGAUGGACAGCGCAUCAUGGAGCUCUGAGGAAAGAAUAUGGCGAUUCUAUCAUCCUUGGUGCAUCGAGCGUGCAACAGCUGAACUCUAAUAUUGAUGCGAUUGAGGCUGGGCCGUUGCCUGAUGAUGUAGCAGACGCUCUUGGAGCAGUCUAUGCCGAGAUUGGGGAUGUUCUACCGUAUCAUGUGUAA